AAAGCGGGUCUAAUAUAAACGGACGCGUCCAACCGCGGGAGAAAGACCUAAUUUAGAAAAAAAUAAAACUGUCUAUGGUAAAAAAAACGAACUGGCCGAUAAGAAAGGCGCCAAUUUUGAUAGUUGUCAAAAUUUUGCGUGAACUGUUUUUCAGUGCCGUGUGUGGUUGUGUGGUUAAAUUAGCAUAAAACGAGUGGUCUGGAGACUUUCUGGAGUGGUUUUCUACGUGCCUAAUGAGUACCGGCGCAUACUUCUCCUAAGCCCGGCCCGCAGUCCCCGCGCGCGCUCCGCCACACACGCACGUGCGGAGAACACAGAACACAGAACCACAUGGAUAAGACUCUGAGAAGAUAGUGCCACCCUGUAUACACGAAAAAGUGCUGUGUCAGUGAUGAAACAGUGAAAGUGCGACGGUUUUUGUUUUUUUCAAAUUUUGAAUCUCGAAUUGGAACAGUCACAAUGCAGGGCAGAGACAAGCUGUGCGCUAAGCUGACCAGCGCAUUCCUGAGGAAGUGGUGGUUCGUGCUGGCAUCGGCCGUGGUGCUUCUGCUGGCGGGCAUCGUGUGCGCUAUCUUCUUCAACUCGUGGGUGCGCCUCAUCAUCGACCAUGAGCUGGUCCUUCGGCCCGGCUCGAUGACGUUCGAGUGGUGGGCGCGCCCGCCCGUGCGGCCCUUCAUCAAGGUGUACGUGUACAACGUGACCAACGCGGAUGACUUCCUCAACAACGGCUCCAAGCCGAUCCUCGACGAGCUCGGCCCUUACGUCUACUCCCAAGAAUGGGAGAAGGUGAACAUCACAGACAACGAGAACGGGACUCUCUCCUUCCACUACAAGAGGACUUACACCUUCCGGCCAGACCUCAGCGCUGGGCCUGAUGAUGACGCUGUUGUGGUGCCGAAUAUUCCUAUGCUGUCCGCCACCUCACAAUCAAAGCACGCGGCGCGCUUCCUCCGGCUAGCCAUGGCGUCGAUCAUGGACAUCCUGAAGAUCAAGCCCUUCGUGGAGGUCUCAGUCGGGCAACUGCUGUGGGGGUAUGAGGACCCGCUGUUGAAGCUGGCCAAGGACGUGGUGCCGAAGGAGCAGAAGCUGCCGUAUGAGGAGUUUGGGCUGUUAUAUGGGAAAAACGGCACAUCCUCCGACGUAGUGACCAUGCACACGGGAGCGUCAGACAUGAUGAAGUACGGCAUCGUGGACCGCUUCAACAUGCGCGACAAGCUGCCGCACUGGACCACGGACCAGUGUAACAGCAUAGCCGGGUCUGAUGGGUCCAUCUUCCCGCCGCAUAUAUCGAUGAAUGAUACCGUGCAUGUGUAUGACAAGGAUUUGUGUCGGCUGCUGCCGCUUAAGUUCCUCCGCGAAGUGGAAUCUUCAGCCGGAGUCUCGGGCUACCGGUUCACGCCUCCUGAGGAUGUCUUCGCCGACAGCGAGGCUAACAAGUGCUACUGCCCCGCCGGCCCGCCCUGCGCGCCUAAUGGGCUGUUCAACGUGUCUCUGUGUCAAUAUGACUCUCCCAUCAUGCUAUCGUUCCCCCACUUCUACCUGGCGGACGAGUCUCUGCGCGCCGCCGUGGAGGGAGUGUCGCCGCCGGACGCGGAGAAACACCGGCUCUUCAUUGACAUACAGCCGGAGAUGGGCAUAGCGAUGCGGGCGCGCGCGCGCAUCCAGAUCAACCUGGCGGUGUCGCAGGUCAUCGACAUCAAGCAGGUCGCCAACUUCCCCGACAUCGUGUUCCCGAUCAUAUGGUUUGAGGAGGGUAUAGACGAGCUGCCCGAACAAGUCUCCUCCCUCCUCCGACUAGCCACCAAGGUGCCCCCCGUGGCGCGCGCGGCGCUGGGCUGGGGGCUGUCGGCGCUCGGCCUUCUACUCAUACUGUUGGCCGUCACGUGUCUCAUUAGGUCGUCGCACCGCCAGAGCACCCUCCGGUUAGAGGGGCACGUGGUGGCCAAGCCGCCCCCCUCCAAGACCCCCAGCAAAGAGAACGGAUACGAACUCAACAGCAGAAGAUAACCUCACAAACUCAAAUUAAAAAAUAAAUUUUCGAAGACCUCUCGAAAACUUAUUUUUUCACGACCUCUUUUUGAAUUGACAGCUAGUGAACUAAUCUGUGACCGAUUGAGCAUAGAGUAUUAGACCAUAGAGGUAACACUCUAGGCGGGAAAUUUGGUUUGACAUUUAAAUUGUAUCAUGAGAGGUUAUAAUUAAAUCCUGUAGGCAUUUUUAUCACAUUACGUAAACCACCUUGAAGUUAUUUUAUGAUUAUUUUGUGUUAGUUUUUUUUCGUGACUUGGAUGUACUUAGGUGACAUUUUAACGAUUGUGAUAAAAAAUCAUUCCAUUAUUAUUUUAACUUUUAUGAAUGUUGAACAAAGAUUAAUCCUUAUGUGAGUAUUCAUUAUUUACGUUUAUUAUAAUCACAAAAUGACAUUAUUAAUUAAAUGGUAUAUUGUAAUAAUGACAGUGUAUGAGAUUUGUGGGAAAAUAUUUACUUGGUAUUAAAAAAAACUUAGAUCACUGGACUGUUUAACUGUAAAUAUUAAUUUUAAUUUUCUACGUAUUUUUUUAGUUGGGCUUCGGGUUGCCAUUUCAAAAAACUUUACCUAAUCGGUUUUAGGCAGUAAUGUGAAUAAUUUGUUUGUUUAAAAAACGUUUUAUUUAAUUAGGUAGUUAAUUUGUCAAAUACCGAUAGCCACUAGUCUAAUUUUUAUUCGUGGGUCCGUCCAUAGCUUUUUUUAAUUAUGUAAUAAUGAGUUAUGUAUUAUUACCGUUUUUUUGUACUUAUGAUUUCUCUGGUAUGGUUAGCUAAUAAUUUUAAGUCAUUAUAAAAAUAUAUUUUAGCGGUGUAUAGACUAUUUUAACACCAAGAAGUAUACCAUAUCAUACCAUAAAUUUUAGUAGGUAACUUUGUACUUAACAGAUUAUCUCUAUAAAAGAAUCUCAUGACUCUCUUUUCUCCAUUCAAAUUGCUAGAAAAUUAUGUCAACCUCCAGACAAUUGUUUGUCCUUACAGCUUCCUAUUUCGUAUUCGAUUUUCACUUGUUUAUAUCGCAAUAUUAAGGCAAUAAAAUAUUUUAAAUAUAAUAUUAUAAUAAAAAUAUAUUUUUGUAUAAAAACUUUGUAAUGACAUAAAAUGGAUAGGAUGCAAUGACCCUAUAAGGUGCUUUUAAGUUUUUUUUACAAAAUAUCAUUUUGUUUUUAUAGUGAAAUCACAUUUUAAAAGAUAAUAAUAUAAAGUGCCUUAGAAUAAACAGGACAUAUUUGGUAAGAAGAUUACCUAAAAAUGGAUGCGGUUGAUUGGUUAAAUGUAAAGUUAAUUUCAGCCAAUCACCGAUGUGCUGUCAACAUUAGCGUCUUCCUAUUGGUCAGUCUUCCAUUUUAUGUUUUGUUGGUUCAAAACUAAAGUAUUGCUCAAAUUUCUAUAUUUUUAAUCGUUUAGACAUCACAAAGAUGAAAUUGUGCGUUGAUUGUAAAUACAUUAUGAAUAAAUAAAGGUGUAAGUUAUA